CUCCCCUCGGAUCCUGCUCUAUCUGGUGCGCUAUCAGGCUCAGCAGCUGUCGUGGUCACACUAGCGGGUAUAUGGGGAUACCGGCGGUAUGGGCGCAGAAUACGCAAUGCGGACUAUGUGACGAGUAAGAUGUUGGAGCGGAAGACGUGGGUGAGGGGGGUGGUGACUUCUGUAGGCGAUGGAGACAACUUCCGGCUGUUCCAUACCCCACUCUUCUAUCGCUAUCCCUUCAAGUUCCGUUCCAUACCUGGCACACCGAAAGAACUGAAGAAUGAAACCCUUCAUAUCCGGAUCUCAGGCGUCGACGCGCCCGAAGCAGCCCACUUUGGGAAUCCUGCCCAGGCUCAUUCGGCUGAAUCGCUUGAGUGGCUGAGAAAGACGAUUCUGGGGCGAACGAUGAAGGUCCAGCUGUUACGGAAAGACCAGUAUCAGCGGAUAGUGGGCGUCCCGUACAUAUCCCGCCUUAUACUUCGAGAUCAGCCUCUCCCUAUGAUGAUGCUGAAAGAAGGCAUGGCUGUGGUGUACACGAGCGGAGGAGGGGAGUAUGGGCCAUGGGGUCUGGACGGGAUGCAAGCUGUCGAAGCUGAGGCCAAGAAAGCAAAGAGGGGUCUUUGGGGUCUCAAGACAUUCGAGCAUCCCGCGGAUUACAAGAAGCGGGUCAAGGCGGGAGAGGAGGCGGUAGCAGAGGUA